CCCAGAGGGAUUCUGUCUAAAAGACAGCCAUUGGAAUUAUAAUGCUGGGGUUACAUUCUUGGUCCACUACAUAUUUUGUGUGACGUUUCCUCAUUUUGCUAAGAGGUGUCUUUGCCUGGAAAUUUAUCACUGGUGGAUGGGAUAAUGGGGGCAUGCAAAUAAAAUUAAGACCGAGGAGUCAGGAGACCAAGAUUCUAGACGGUUCUGUGAAGACUCAGCUGCAUCUAGACUGUGUCUGUCUUUCGAUUUUCUCAUCUUUCAGAGGAGAAUAAUGAUUCUGCUCUGAUGUCUCACAGUAUUGAAAUGCUCUAUUUCUGUGGCUCAUUUGUCACUUUUGAGAAGUUCCUGAUAAUGAGGAGUACAGUGGAUAUGAAGGUGGGACUCUGGCAAUUAGGAAGGAUGCACCUUUACCCCAGAUGUACAGUUCUCUUUCUUAAUCAUCUUCAAUUGACUUCAACUUGGUACAAGGUAGCCCUCAGUGAGUUGUUAAACAAAAAUGUUGGACACUUUAUUUUAUUCAGCUGUUACUCAUUUUUUAAGGAAGAUUUCAUCAUAAAGAAGCAUAAUAGUAUUAAUUUAAUGCGAUUUAGUUUUAAUUGUGCACCCACCAAAGAGUGAGAGUUAGAAAAAAUAGCCCAAAGGACAUCUUAGGCUUGAUUCUAAGGUAAGAGCCUGGAAAAUAACAGGCAGAAGAGUUGCUUCAGGGAAUCAUCUAACUUAGAUUAGUUUCUUACAUUUGAUCGUAUGACUUUUGAGUUCUUUGGUGACUUGUCUUUUUCACUCAUCAGAGGGGGAAAAAUGUAUUGCAAAACUCGUAGGACCCAAGUCUUCACGUAAGGAAGGGGCUUUGUGAACUGGUACAACCUACCACCUGCAAAGUGCUCCCUUUCAAGCAGAGCAGAGGCCUCAGUAUUGCAGUAGACUUCCAAUGCCACCACGCCCUCCUCACUGAACUUACGUCUUACGGAACAGUUAAUAAGUGCACCCUUAGCGUUCCCCGGGAGGGUUGCGGACGAGAGCCUCACUCCCGCUUGCCAUACGCGUUUUAAGGUCCCGAGAACUUGUGUGGCUCUUCCCAGAUUCCAGAACCGGUCUUUGCGAACUUGACACACAGGCCUCGCUGGCAAAUGACCGGGCAUGGAGAGGCCGGCGGCGCGGGAGCUGCAGGGCGCCGACGCGCUGCGCCGCUUCCAGGGGCUGCUGCUGGACCGCCGCGGCCGGCUGCACGGCGAGGUGCUGCGCCUGCGCGAGGUGGCCCGGCGCCUCGAGCGCCUCCGCCGGCGCUCCCUGGCGGCCAACUUGGCGGGCAGCUCGCUGAGCGCCGCGGGCGCCGUGGCCGCCAUCGUGGGGCUCUCGCUCAGCCCGGUCACGCUGGGGGUCUCGCUGGUGGCGUCGGCCGUGGGGCUGGGGGUGGCCACAGCCGGAGGGGCCGUCACCAUCACGUCCGACCUCUCCCUGAUCUUCUGCAAUUCCCGGGAGCUGCGCAGGGUGCAGGAGAUCGCCGCCGCCUGCCAGGACCAGAUGCGCGAGAUCCUGAGCUGCCUCGAGUUCUUCUGCCGCUGCCAGGGCCGCGGGGACCGCCAGCUGCUGCAGUGCGGGCGGAAAGCCUCCAUCGCCCUGUACAACUCGGUCUACUGCGUCGUCUUCUUCGGCUCACGUGGCUUCCUCAUCCCCAGGCGGGCGGAAGGGGCCACCAGGGUGAGCCAGGCCGUGCUGAGGGCCAAGAUUCAGAAACUGGCCGAGAGCCUGGAGUCCUGCACCGGGGCCCUGGACGAACUCAGUGAGCAGCUGGAGACCAGGGUCCAGCUCUGCACGAAGGGCGGCCGUGGCCAAGACCUCAAGAUCUCCGCUGACCAGUCUGCCGCGCUGUUUUUCUGAGAACAUCCUUUGCCCUCAUGACCGAGGCCAGAAACCAUGCCCCGGGAUGCUCCAGAUUUGUAGCUCCCUCAGGAAAACAACACCAAGUUGGAUUAGGAGCGGAAUGCAAAGGAUGAGAAAAACUGUUCUUGAAAUUGGGGGAAGGAGGGGGUGCUCAGAGCCCUUCUUUUUGCCAUCGCCGUGACAUCCUGCCUGGGGUUGCGUGCUAGGGACUUUUUACUUGCCUAAUCCUAUGGGCUAUGUGAACUGAAAACUAUUUUUCCUUUAUCAAAACCGUUCAGUCUCCACACCGGUGGGCACCACUGUAUUAAAGUUGUUUCGGGGUCCCUGCCCCAGCCCCGGUGGUUUGAGCAGAGGUUGGGGAUGCUGGGGGUGCCGCCACCCUCUGGGUCCUCUCCAAGCCCCACUAGGGUUUGAGGUCCUCAAAAUGCUUGUGAGAGGAGACGCUAGCGUUAAAGCUUCUCUUCCAGAGUCUCUGAGUAUAAAGAACUCCAGAAUCCAGAGCAAAUCAGGUCCCCUCUGAACUGUGAAGCCAGGUUCAGGACCCAAGAGGGGCCUCUCCCAUUGAUACGCGUUUCCCUCCACCUUCAGUGUGCCCCCUCUCAAAUCCAGCCUGGGGCAGAGUGGAUAUUCCUGAGGGGUUUCAUAGCCAGACCUCCAGAUAUUCUGGGAGGGAAACCGACUAAAUGGUCGUCUGAAUCCCACCCCCUUGCAACAAGCAGCUGAGGCCAAGGAAGAUGAAGUGACUUACAACUUUACUUACGGGCAUCCUAGUGUACAGAAGAAAGCAGUGGAUUUGAGUUAGAUAGUUCUGGGUUUAUUAUAGGCUCUGCCACUACUAUGGGACCUUGGCCACUUAAUUCCUCUGAGACUUGGCUUCCUGGUCUGUGAAACAGAUGUGAAAACGUCACCCUGUUGUAAGGUAUUGAGAUGAAGUGCCAAGCACAGUGUCUGGCUCAGGAAGUGUGGCCCCAGGGCAUUAGCAUCACCUGGGAACUUGUUAGAAAGGCACAUUCUUGGACCCAACUGUCGACUUAAGGAAUCAGACUCUGGAGGUGGGGCCCAGCAACCGGUGUUUAAACAAGCCCACGGCGUGAUUCUGACAUCUAUUAAAAACUUAGGUUUUGAAGAGCACUGCAACAGAUGUUCAUUUCUGAUCCUCUCGGGAGUCUUCAUGAAGUCUCACGGCCUCCCCAGCGGCUCCAUGGCCUUCAGAGUCGUUCACAGAAGGUCAAGGUUGGACAGGGUCCCAAAAGUAAAAGCAAGAAUGUGCGUGGGAUAGGCCAUUGCGACCUGGGGCAUUUUCCCACCACGUGAAGUAAGGGAUAUAACAUAGUAACCCCUCUAGAGGGCAGUGUUGCCCACUCGUUGUAGGAACUGAUACACAAAGGAAUGUGAACUUAAUGCAAAUUGGCCUUUGUUACCUUCUCUGAAAACUGCCGGACCAUGUAUUUUUUUAAUUUAAGUUUGUUAUUUAAUUGCUGUUUAUUAUUUGCAUUUAAUUGUAUUUAAUCACCACGCCACGUUUAGAAAAUAAUAGGAAUAGCCAGUUUCUGAACAGGAGACUGCGGAGGCUCUUUUCAGGAGAUGAGACUGAGUUUUGCCUUCCUAAGGUGGGGCAUGAGCUGGAAAUAGCUGGAAAUAACAUGGCUCUCCUUGAAUAAGUCUCUCUCCAGGCGAGGGGAAUUUUAUUCCUUGGUGAUUUGAGUGAUCCUUUUAGGUAAAUGUGGGAAGUUCUGAAUAGAGAGACCACAGGACGAAUUUAGGCUUAUCAAUGGAGGUUUGACUUGCGGGCUGUAGAAAUGAUGCAAACAUAUUUAUCCUGAAGGUACUUUGCCAGCAAAUAACAUUUGACCUGAAAAGCAAACCUCUUUUGUUCAGGGGAAAAAAAAAACCUCAAUUAGAGGCAUGUGAAGGAGGCACUCAGACCAUGGCAGCCUGAUGUCUUGUGAAGUUAUGUCUUGUGGAUGAUAGACAAUGGCUUGUGUCAUAUUUUCACGUUGGGAGCUGUAAGGAAUCUGUGAGCUCUCUCUAAGAAAAUACUUAUCAUUUCUUCAAUUUCCAUUCCUACAACCGUAAUGGUGAAAAAUAUGUUGAAAAGUCUUUGGGACCACACAGGCAAAACUUGGCUGGGUUAUUUAGUUAUUUAACAUGCUUUAAAUUAACCCAAUCUACCCCUGUGUUUCCCAAUGAUGGCGGAGUAUCUGAGGAACUACAAUCUCAGCGCUCCGGGGAGGGCUUAGUGGCUCUAUGUUUUUAUUUUUCCUAUAAAUUGCAAUUGGUCUGUAUCCUGGUUUCUUUUGAAGUUGGUACUGGUUUCUUUUUAAACUGGUGUCAUUUCUUAGACCACCUUGCAUGAAUGCUAGCAUUUUAGAUCACCAGAAUGUACUUCACAUUGUUGUCCACGUUAUGUCUCAAAGGUACAACUACUCCCUAACUCCAUCUUUUAUUGAUGCUUAAGUUUGAGUUAUAGUCUUCCAAUGGGUGUGUUGUUCCCUAGAAAUAAACUGGGUAUUUCAGGAAGCAAUAGGAGCAGCUGUAGCAAACUUUUCCUAUCGUUAGGGUAUUUUAGGGAUAUCAAAAUCAUAAACUCCCCAAGUUAUCAUUUCAGUGGCCCCCUUUACAUCUAAGGAACGGUGUCUACUUUGGAACAAUACUUUGCACAUUAUAGGAGCUCAAUCCAUGCAUUUGAAUAAUUUAAAGAACUGCUUAGCUAUAGAAAUGGGAAUUUGUUGGUAAUGAAAUGUUAUCCAUCCUUUUCUGUGUCUGAUACAAAAAGUGGAGCCUCUACCAGGAUUUAGUCAAGUUCAGUUAAAUGGAUCAUAGAGACAAAUAUUUAUUUAUUUCUUUUGGGGGAAUGCAAAUAAGGCUUUUCCUUAAGGCCUUCAUUCUAUAAACAAACAGAUUGAAAUGGUAUGUUGCAAAAGGAAGAAAAGAGGGGUAUUUCGAUUACAAGUAUACUUCAGAAAAAUGUCCAAGUUUGAAAAAUAAAAGUUUUGUACUAAGA